CGCGCCCAGUGCCCGCAGCCCGGCGUGGGAGGAACCGGAGUCGGAGAGGAUGGCCGGGGCCGGCGGCCAGCACCACCCUCCGGGCGCCGCUGGAGGAGCAGCCGCCGGGGCAGGCGCCGUGGUCACCCCAGCCGCUACCUCGGCGGGGCCGGGAGAGGACUCGUCCGACAGCGAAGCGGAGCAAGAAGGACCCCAGAAACUGAUCCGCAAAGUGUCCACCUCGGGGCAGAUCCGGACCAAGACCAGUAUUAGAGAAGGACAACUCUUGAAGCAAACCAGUUCUUUCCAAAGGUGGAAAAAGCGAUACUUCAAACUUCGAGGCCGUACACUCUACUAUGCAAAGGACUCAAAGUCUCUGAUAUUUGAUGAAGUUGACCUCUCAGAUGCCAGUGUAGCUGAAGCAAGCACAAAAAAUGCUAACAACAGCUUCACGAUAAUCACUCCAUUCAGAAGGCUAAUGCUGUGUGCUGAGAACAGAAAGGAGAUGGAGGACUGGAUCAGCUCACUGAAGUCUGUACAGACCAGAGAACCUUACGAGGUGGCCCAGUUUAAUGUGGAACAUUUCUCAGGGAUGCAUAACUGGUACGCCUGCUCCCAUGCCCGGCCCACCUUCUGUAACGUGUGCAGAGAGAGUCUUUCUGGAGUCACCUCCCACGGUCUGUCCUGCGAAGUGUGUAAAUUCAAGGCUCACAAAAGAUGUGCAGUGAGGGCAACAAAUAACUGCAAAUGGACCACCCUGGCCUCCAUUGGGAAGGACAUCAUAGAAGACGAAGAUGGGGUCGCCAUGCCUCACCAGUGGCUCGAGGGCAACUUGCCCGUGAGCGCCAAAUGUGCUGUCUGUGACAAAACGUGCGGCAGUGUUCUCCGUCUACAAGAUUGGAAAUGCCUUUGGUGUAAAACAAUGGUACACACUGCCUGCAAAGAUUUAUACCAUCCUAUAUGUCCGCUUGGCCAAUGUAAAGUAUCUAUCAUACCUCCAAUUGCACUAAACAGCACUGAUUCCGAUGGUUUCUGUAGAGCCACGUUUUCAUUCUGUGUUAGUCCUCUAUUGGUUUUUGUCAAUUCUAAGAGUGGAGAUAAUCAGGGAGUAAAGUUCCUGCGUCGUUUUAAACAGUUGCUAAAUCCGGCUCAGGUGUUUGAUUUAAUGAAUGGAGGUCCUCAUUUAGGCUUAAGAUUAUUUCAGAAGUUUGACAAUUUCCGGAUUCUUGUGUGUGGAGGAGAUGGAAGUGUAGGUUGGGUUUUGUCAGAAAUCGAUAAGCUCAACUUGAACAAACAGUGUCAGCUGGGAGUACUGCCUUUGGGUACAGGAAAUGACCUUGCUCGAGUUCUUGGCUGGGGAGGCUCAUAUGAUGAUGACACCCAGCUUCCUCAGAUACUCGAGAAGCUGGAACGGGCCAGUACGAAAAUGCUGGACAGGUGGAGUAUAAUGACGUAUGAACUCAAAUUGCCACCAAAGGCUUCUCUACUUCCAGGACCUCCAGAAGCAUCAGAAGAAUUUUAUAUGACAAUUUAUGAAGACUCAGUGGCAACUCAUCUUACAAAAAUCCUCAAUUCUGAUGAACACGCAGUGGUCAUAUCAUCUGCCAAGACUCUCUGUGAAACUGUAAAGGACUUCGUGGCCAAAGUCGAGAAGGCAUAUGACAAAACUUUGGAAAAUGCUGUUGUAGCUGACGCCGUGGCCAGUAAAUGUUCAGUCCUAAACGAGAAGCUUGAACAACUGCUCCAGGCUCUGCACGCAGAUUCCCAGGCUGCUCCCGUCCUCCCGGGCAUUGGCCCUCUCAUUGUGGAGGAAGAUGCUGUGGAAUCUUCGAGUGAAGAAUCCUUAGGUGAAAGCAAGGAACAGCUCGCAGAUGACAUUACAAAACCUGCCUCCCAGAAAGCCGUCAGACCAAGGGAAAUAAUGCUUCGGGCCAACAGUUUGAAGAAGGCAGUGAGGCAAGUCAUCGAAGAAGCUGGAAAAGUAAUGGACGAUCAGACAGUUCACCCCUGUGAGCCAGCUACUCAGUCGUCCGAUUAUGAUAGUACCGAAACCGAUGAAUCUAAAGACGAUGAUACAAAAGACUCAUUAGCUGUUAAAACUGCUCCUAGGUCUCCAGAUUCCCGGGCAAGUCAUGGCCAUUCCCAGACUGAUUCUGUUCCUGGUCCAGCUGUGGCAGCCAGCAAAGAAAAUCUCCCUGUGCUCAACACCAGGAUAAUCUGCCCAGGUUUAAGAGCAGGACUAGCUGCCUCAAUUGCUGGGAGUUCCAUUAUCAAUAAAAUGUUACUAGCAAACAUUGAUCCUUUUGGUGCAACACCAUUUAUUGAUCCAGAUCCAGAUUCAGUAGAUGGAUAUUCAGAAAAAUGUGUCAUGAACAAUUACUUUGGGAUUGGAUUAGAUGCAAAAAUUUCAUUAGAAUUUAAUAAUAAGAGAGAGGAGCACCCUGAAAAAUGCAGAAGCCGAACUAAAAACUUGAUGUGGUAUGGGGUCCUUGGAACCCGGGAGUUAUUACAGAGGUCAUACAAGAAUUUAGAACAAAGGGUUCAACUUGAGUGUGAUGGGCAGUAUAUUCCUCUCCCCAGUUUGCAAGGCAUAGCGGUGUUGAACAUCCCCAGCUAUGCGGGAGGCACGAACUUCUGGGGUGGAACUAAAGAGGAUGAUAUAUUUGCUGCACCGUCAUUUGAUGACAAGAUCCUGGAAGUCGUUGCAAUAUUUGAUAGCAUGCAAAUGGCAGUUUCAAGGGUCAUUAAAUUGCAGCAUCAUCGAAUAGCCCAGUGCCGUACAGUAAAAAUCACUAUAUUUGGCGAUGAGGGAGUCCCAGUGCAGGUGGAUGGUGAAGCAUGGGUUCAGCCUCCAGGGAUUAUCAAGAUUGUGCACAAAAACAGAGCUCAGAUGCUAACAAGGGACAGAGCCUUUGAAAGCACUCUGAAGUCUUGGGAAGAUAAACAGAAGUGUGACUCCGGUAAACCAGUUCUUCGAACCCAUUUGUACAUCCACCACGCCAUCGACUUGGCCACGGAAGAGGUGUCGCAGAUGCAGCUGUGCUCCCAAGCUGCAGAGGAGCUCAUUACUAGGAUUUGUGAUGCAGCCACAAUUCACUGUCUUUUGGAGCAAGAACUGGCCCAUGCGGUGAAUGCCUGCUCCCACGCACUGAAUAAAGCCAACCCACGGUGCCCGGAGAGCCUUACUAGAGACACCGCCACUGAAAUAGCCAUCAAUGUGAAGGCGCUGUAUAAUGAAACGGAGUCUUUACUAGUUGGCAGGGUUCCUUUGCAGUUGGAAUCUCCGCAUGAAGAGCGGGUGUCUGAUGCCUUACACUCGGUGGAGGUGGAGUUGCAGAAGUUAACAGAGAUUCCUUGGCUUUACUAUAUCUUACACCCAAAUGAGGAUGAGGAGCCUCCUAUGGAUUGCACCAAAAGAAACAGCAGAAGCACAGUAUUCCGCAUAGUGCCAAAAUUUAAAAAGGAAAAGGUUCAGAAGCAGAAGACAAGUUCACAGCCUGUUCAGAAAUGGGGCACAGAGGAAGUUGCUGCUUGGCUGGAUCUGCUCAAUUUGGGAGAGUACAAAGAUACCUUCAUCCGUCAUGACAUCAGAGGGGCUGAACUUUUGCAUCUGGAAAGGCGAGAUCUUAAGGAUCUGGGGAUACCGAAAGUGGGCCAUAUGAAGCGAAUUCUCCAGGGAAUUAAAGAGCUUGGAAGGAGCACUCCCCAGUCUGAGGUGUAAUCAUAUUGGUGCUAUUCCUUGAAAGAGAAAUGAUUGCUAGUCAAUACAAAGUUCUUGGAAGCAACUGGCCAUUCUUACAAUUUUCUACAUAGAUAAGUAAGCACCAGUGAAGCACCUCUGUGGUUUGAUAUUUUGCUGUGGGUGAAAAUUUUGAUUUGAGGUAUUAGGAAAUAUUUUUGUGCCAAAAAAUAACACAUUCCACAAAGCCAUUUUCUUAUUGUGCAAACCUGACAUGUUCAAAUAUGUUUGCAGCAGUAAAAAGGUAGGAGGAAUCUGAGAUGAUUGCACUGUCUAAAAGGUAGAAUUGUAAAAUGUUUCCUUUCCUUAGAUCUGGUCUGAUGGAAUAUUCUUACUGUGCAGCUACAUAGCAGUAUGUGGCUAAAAUUUACUAGAUCUCACUAUUGGAAGUAUUGGCUUUUUCCUUAAAAUCAUUGGUUAGGAGACUAAAAUAUAAAUUGUGUUUUGAAUGUUAGAUUGGAAUCACCUCAGAUUCCUAGUGCUCAAUGGGCAAAGAAUAUAGUUAAAACCCAUCAAAUACUAUGAAUGACUGCAAAUAUUAAUGCACGAUGUUCCUGCCUGAAAUGUCAUUGUUUUUCUUGCAUGUCACAUCUAAUAUUGUAACACUUUAAUAGCUUUAAUGUCAGUUUUAAUGGAAUUUAAUUUAUUACUGCACAAGUUCAUUUUUGUUGGCUAAGGGCACUGCACUUUUCUGUUUUGUAAUGUGGAAUUUUGCAUAAAUAUUCUGUACGUAAGACUUUGUGAACAUGUGUCUGUGCCAUAAUCAACAAAUGAUAUACAUCUUAUGCAAGUCAAUUUCAUUUCAAUCUAUCAUAAACAGUAGGUGUGCACAUUAAGAAAAUUCUCUGGGUAUUUUCCUAAAAUUACAUGCCCCGUUGCCUAACAGAACUUAUUACAGCUUCCCAACCCCAAAUUGCCACAUUUUGUUUCUGCUGUUUCAUUUCAAUAUAAUGAUUUAAUAUUCUGUUUGAAUUUAUAAUAUAGUAGAGUGUUGACCUCCAGGA